AGAAGAAGAAAGUUAAACGGGAGAAGCAGGCAGUGUUUGGCAGCGCUGCUGCUCCUCGCUGUGAGGCCGGUGUCUGUAAAGCUGAUGGAGGCGGAGUCGCAGUCGGAGUCGGAGCUUUAACUGGAUGUUGCGUGUUUUUAUGGCAUGAACGAUAUCCUGAUGCAAGUCUCCUGCUCCUGGUGAUGACAACCAUAACCCUGUCAGGAGAUGCUGCCAAGAGGAAUAUGUCAAGCUGCUGAGUCAGUAGAGAUUAAGCAUAAGAACAUGGCCCCCAGAAGAAGCUGUGGUACUCAGCAGACAUCUGAUACUCUUCACACUAACCCAUCUCACAGACAAACACAACAAAAUUCAGACAAUGAGAGAACCUACCACUGCUCCGAGUGUGGAAAGAGUUUUAUUGACGGAUAUAGUCUCCGAAGACACCAGCGCACUCACAAGGGAAAGAAACCGUAUCAGUGCUCCGAGUGUGGAAAUAGCUUUAUUGACAGAUGUGGUCUGCAAAGACACGAGCGCAUUCAUACAGGAGAGAAACCGUAUCAGUGUGCAGAGUGCGGAAUGAAUUUUAAUCAAAAAAGUAAUCUCCAGGCACACCAGCGGAUUCACACAGGAGAGAAGCCGUAUCAGUGCUCAGAGUGCGGGAAGAGCUUUACUGACAGGCGUAACCUCCAAAAUCACCAACGAAUUCACACCGGAGAAAAGCCCUACUACUGUUCAGAGUGUGGGAAAAGCUUUAUAGCCAGAUGCAAUCUCCAAAAUCACCAACGUAUUCACACAGGAAAGAAACCGUAUGAGUGCUCAGAGUGCGGGAAGAGCUUCAUUGCCAGAUGUAACUUUCAAAGACACCAGCGCAUUCACACAGGAGAGAAACCGUAUCGCUGCUUAGAGUGUGGAAAGAGUUUUACCGACAAGCGUAAUCUCCAGCAGCACCAGCGCAUUCACACAGGAGAGAAAAACUAUCGCUGCAUGAAUUGCAGGAAGAGUUUUAUUAACCGACGUAAUCUCCAAAGACACCAGCGUGUUCACACAGGAGAGAAACCCUAUUACUGUUCAGAGUGUGGAAUGAAUUUUGCUGUGCAGAGCAGCUUCCAAAGACACCAGCGUAUUCACACAGGAGAGAAACCGUAUCAGUGCUCAGAGUGUGGAAGGAGUUUUUCGCAAGGUGAUGCCCUCAAAAAACACCAGCGUGUUCACACUGAAAAGAAACCUUACAAAAAAAGAACUCACCACUGCUCUGAGUGUGGAAAGAGUUUUACUGACCGAUGUCAUCUCCAAAGACACCAGCGCAUUCACACAGGAGAGAAACCGUAUCACUGCUCAGAGUGUGGAAAAUGCUUUACUCUACAGAGUAAUCUCAGAGUUCACCAGCGCAUUCACACCGGAGUGAAACCAUAUCACUGUUCAGAGUGUGGAAUGAAUUUCAAUCAAAAGAGUCAUCUUCAAGUACACCAACGCAUUCACUCAGGAGAGAAACCCUAUCACUGUUCAGUUUGUGGAAUGAAUUUCAAUCGAAGUGGUCAUCUUCAAGUGCACCAGCGCAUUCACACAGCAGAGAAGCCAUACCGGUGCUUAGAGUGUGGGAAAUGUUUUACUGCACAGAGCAGUUUCCAAGCGCACCAGCGCAUCCACACAGGAGAGAGGCCUCAUCAGUGUCCAGAGUGUGGAAAGAGUUUUACUGUGAAGAGCGAUCUCAGAAGACACCAGCGUGUUCACACAGGAGAGAAGCCCUAUCAGUGCUCAGAGUGUGGAAAGAGUUUUAACACAAAUGGUGACCUUAAAAGACACCAGCGUAUUCACACAGGAGAGAAACCCUACCAAUGCUCAGAGUGUGGAAAGAGUUUUAAUCAAAAGACUGUUCUCCAAGGACACCAGCGCAUUCACACAGGGUUAAAGCCUUACUACUGUUCAGAGUGUGGAAUGGGUUUCAUUCAGCUGAGUAGUCUCCAGAAGCACCAGCACAUUCAUGCAGGAAGGAAACCGCGUCAGUGAACAGAAUGUGGGAACGGGUUUUUCCACACAGUGGUUCCUUCAAAAAAAGCAUCAGUGCUUUUAUACAAGAAAGAAAGCUGGCAAGGAUAGGAGUCAAACAUCUAGACCGUACUUCAACCUCCUAAACCCCACAGUAGCAGAUCAGCCAGCAAGGUGGAAAAUACAGUAAUUCUUAAAGAUUCGUCUGAUUUAAAAAUGAUUUAUUACACUUGUAAACCAUUACAGAAUAAUGCAGUAAGUUGUAAAUGGUUUGUGAGCAUAAAGUUUAUGUAAUUUUACAUAAGUGCUCGAUAUGACAUAUCAACGCUAUAGUCAAGAUUGAGCAUGUCAGGUGUCACUGUACACAUGGCUCUUUCAAAGGGUUUGCAGAGAUCAUCCAGUGUUGUGGAACCAAUGACGAAUGCUGUUGGAUGUUCACUCAUGUCAAAAAUCACAUUGCACAAUUAUGACAUUCACUCUUAUUGACAUCUUCUCACAGACUGAAAGGAGCGAUCUUCCACGGACAGUCAGAAACUAUGACCCUGUCUUUCAAUGGGUGUGUGAUUGGUUCCUAGGUGCCUCACGGUUGUGAAAAUAUAGGACUUUGAAAUCAGAUUAAUCUUUUUGAAUCAUCUGGUACUUGCUGAGUGUGGACAUUGGGCAUUGGGCCAGUAUUGUGCUCACUCACUCAUACUGAGGGAAGGCAAGUAUACAGUGCUGCGCUAAUGAACAAAUGUGGUGAAGGAGGCUCUGUUCACACAGAUGAGGCUUACUAACUGUGACUGUACUAGCCGUCGGACACAAAGUCGUCGGGCCACUUUAAACAUUCCGCCUUGGUAGAUUUCCACUAGGAAUACAUUGAGUAAUUUUAGCCCAUCAGUCAGUUCCCCAAUAUGGGUGGAGGCAUGUAGGCUGGGUCAACAAAGGUGGAAAAGGUGAUGUUUGCUACCAAAGUCCUUGUAUGUAAUUUUACUCUGACCUAAGUGAACUGCAAGGUAUAAACAUUAAUAAGGUGAUAAUAAGGAAUAAUGUUUUUUUUUUUUUUUUGGGAAAAUAGGCUGUACAGAGACUGUGUCUUACCAUGCACAUCACUGCCUACUUAUAGCUUCAGUGCACUGUGUGGCACAAGUUAGCAAAGCUGUUGUAGCUUUGUUUCUCAGCAAUGUUUGCUCAGACUUGGUGCACAGUGUUGUUUUAAAUGAAAAGGCUUUAUUUGAAAAUGUCUGCAUUUCAUUUAAAAUUAGCUGGAUUUUAAUAACUAAUCUGUUAGUGUAAUGCAGUCAUCUACAAUAAUUUAGAGUAACAACCACUUAAUUCUAAAUAGGUUAUUCAGUAUGGUAUGGACUCUGUAUGGUCAAGUACUAUAAAUAUGUACUCCUUCGGUCUGAAAAAAAUGGUAUUGAUGCAUCCCUAGUUGUAAGCAUGAUGCAGCCCUCCCACACAUGUUUUUAAUUGGCUAAAUCUGACUGACAAUUUGGUGUUGAACAAGGACUAUUUGGGUGUUAUUAUUGAAGUACUCUUAUACUGCAAGUUGUUGAUUUAUAACCGUAUUACUAGCUGUAAAAUAUUAAAAUCAUGUUGGCUGGAUGGGUAAAGUAUUAUUUGAAUCAUCCUCUUAGCAGCUGUAAUACAUCACCAUUUUGAAGCCUAUAAACUACGAGAGCUGAUCAAGCAAAAGUACAACCUCUACAUGACUGAGACCCAGUUUCCUACAAGCAUCUUAGUGUUACGAUCCUCAUAACUGGUAUAGUGUUCAGUGUGAUGCUCACCGUACCAUUGAAGGCUCAAUCUUCAUGCGAAGAAGCUUUUGGGGAAACCCACCUGGGCUUAGUUGUACCACAUUGGGCCGCAUUCUCCGCCAAUAUUCCAAAUAAGAAAACAUUGGUGAAUGCCAGAAUCUUUAUGAAAGCUGAGUUUUAAGACUUUUAAGUGAGUUUUAAGAUGAAACUUCUUAAGAGCAGUCAGUAAAUCAGGCCCAAUUAAUCUUUCUUUAUAAGUUGUUCUUGAGAAAGGUCCUAAGAAAAAGUCUGUCAGAUUCAUGACGUGUUGUUAAACCGCAGAAUUGUUCACACCUUUUAUGUUCUUAAGUGUGCUUUGAUUCUAAUUCUUAAUGAAAUAGUAAGUGGGUUUUAAGAAGAAAUUUCUUCCUAAGAAUGAUUGGUGAAUGGGGCCCCAUGUAAAUGAGUGCAUAUAUAAUUCAGAAAUAAUAAUAAGUUCAGAAAUAAUUGUACUGCAGAUGUGAU